UAUCAACAGGAAUCAAUUCAACUUUCUGAAAUGUGUUUGCAUGUUUUAAAGUUGAUUAAAUUAUAUUGCGUAUACUUAAACAAUGGCCCGUGCCACACUUUGAGUUCGUUCACCUUGAACUAUGCGUGUUAUAUCUAUGGCGCAAACAAUUCUGUCCGUCGCGUAAAAAAACUAGGAUAAAUGUUUUUUAAAAAGAACGAAAUAUUAUUAACAGCGCACUGACAAAAUAGUUUAGGUUUAUUAGACGCAAGUUCCAUAUCUAAUUAAAUUUAUGGUUUCCUGAAAAUUUGGAUUAGAUAUCCAACACAAUUCUUGAAUUAUCCUCGUCGAAGAAUGAGGAUGAUUUGCCGGUUGUUGCUGACAGGGAAUGUGUUUAUAUUCCUGGGCCUCUGUCUGGCACUUGCCGGGUUUUGUGGGCCAGCGUGGUUUCGCACGAGCUAUCCCCCGGGACCUGAGCCCACAUGGACUUUAGAGGAGGGCAUUUGGUUGGCAAGAUUUUGCAGACAUAUCACAGGGGAAUGUAUCUUCACAGUCAGGGAACGUGUGUUCUCAGAAAUUGGCAUUGUGCGGUCAUUUUCCCCCCUGGAUGAACCGCACUGGCUUGAGUUCAAGGUUCUGUCUGUGGCGAGUCCACUGAGCGGAAUUACUGAUAUGAUGAUCACAGCCGUGACCUUGACCAAAGUAAACAAAUCUGAAAUGGCCCCGAAGCACCUACUGCUGAUAUCAAGUUCGGCAUUUUUCUCGAUAGUUUCAUUUUCAAUGUUGUUUGUGCCAGUGUUCAAAGUUACACACGUCACGACCAAAUUCUCGCAUUUCGGAAAGGCCGCUGACUGUUGGUCAUUUGUCUUGGCAAGUACCGGUGCUGCCUGCAUGUUCGCUGCUAGCGCUGCUGUCGGUCUCGCGUUAGCAAAAGCAGCUUUUAAACUAUGUGACCAAAAAAACAAAAGUCGGGAAAGUCAUCGCCGUCGUGAUGAACAGCUUCGACGAAAUGAAAUAAUUGCAAGAUACUUUCAUGGUGAAAACAGAGCUUAUGGCAGUCCUUUUGAUGAAGAUUCAAUAGUGAACAAUGAACUCCGAGUGUCAACAGAUACUGAUUCAGCAUACUCGGUGAUAUCAAACGGAGGUCUGAAUGACAGAAAUACUGGACAUGCGUUACAUUUACCAAUGUCCAGUGAAAUAACUACUGUUUGACCAGAGUGUUCAUGUCUUUGUUAUCAGUAAAAUGUUUAAUUGUUCUUGUGUGUACAUGGUUAAAUGCAAUUUAGUGCAAUCUAAGAAA